AUGACUGCGCUUCCUCCAACUGAUGGCUCUCUGUUGCUCUCGCAAACAAUCGACUUCCACCUCAAAUGCAAUCCGACGUUUCCCAUGUAUGUGUUUGUAGAGGAGGGUUCAGAGCGCGUAAUAGUUGUUACCUUUCUGGAGUUUGCAAGAGCAUGUCACCGCGUCGCCCACCAUGUGCGCCCCAGAGCCUCACCCCAACAACUUGGUCAAGUAGUGGCUAUAAUUGCGUCCUGCGACACAAUUGUUUACCAAGCGCUGGUCUUGGGGUGUAUAAAAGCAGGCCUGGUGCCUUUCCCUAUCUCCCCUCGAAAUUCGCCUCUUGCAGUAAUCGGGUUAUUGAAGGCCGUGGAUUGCCAUCGUAUUCUGGGCACGAAUACAUCACUGAAGGGCCUAUUUGCAGGCAUUCGAGCGGAAGUUGAUAAAGACGAUGAAACCUUCUCCGUGAGCAUCGAGGAGAUCCCCUCUUUAAGGGAGGUGUAUCCCCACCUUGGCCAAGAACGGGCCGGUGACGCAUUUUCUCCCUACCCAGAACAUCUUACAACAGCAGGUCUAAGUAGCAUAGCUCUAUACCUGCAUUCAUCUGGAAGUACGGGCUUUCCGAAGGUCAUCCCGCUCACCCAGUUGGCCAUUUUACAAUGGGCUGCCCUCCCAAGUGUAGCGGACAUAAAACACUCCUCGCAUCGGUUUGGGAGCAUGGCGCUUCCCUCAUUUCAUACGCUCGGCAUCUACUUUCAAGUGCUAUGCCCCAUUUUUGCUGGAGUGACAGCGGGAGUUUAUCCACCGACAAUGACGUCGGCUUCGGCGACGCCCAUUAUGCCUACCCCAGAUAACAUCUUGGAUCAUGCGCGCCGUGUUCAAUGCGAUGUGAUUGUGGUUCUCCCGACACUACUCCAAAUCUGGUCUCACUCGCCUGACACCCUCGAAUAUCUCAAAUCGCUUUACCUUAUUGUUUGGUCUGGUGGUUCUCCCCCGCAGAAAGUAGGAGACGCUCUUGCGGCGGCUGGGGUGGCUUGCCGCUCGUUGUAUGGCUCGACCGAAUUUGGUGCUCCUCUCCGUUGGCUCUACAGAGAUGAUCUAAACGAUUGGGAAUAUAUGCAAUUCCCAGAGAGUGAUCAUUUUCGUUGGAUUCCUCAGGGCGCUAGAAGAUAUGAACUCCACAUCCUCUCAAGCAAAAUAGGACAUAUCAACGUGCCCAACUUGCCGGAUAAUGGUUAUGCGACAUCAGAUUUGUUCGAGAAGCAUCCUACGAAGGGUAAUCUGUGGCGAUUAGUUGCCAGGGUGGACGAUCUGAUAGUGCAUGCGACUGGCGAGAAGACGGUGCCCACGCCGAUGGAAACGAUUAUUGGAAGCCAUCCAGCAAUCCAAGGUGUUGUUAUGUUUGGCGAACGCCAAAUCCAACCUGGAGUCCUCAUUGAACUGAGGGAUCGCACUCGUUAUCCCAAAUCGGACGAGGAACUUGAGUCGCUUCGAAACUUCCUCUGGCAAACGAUCGAAGAAGCAAAUAGUACUGCCCCUACCUUUAGCCGUAUCUACAAGGAUAUGCUUUUGUUCGUCUCUCCGGACAGACCUCUCCCUCGUGCAGGGAAGGGAACCGUCAUGCGUAAAGCUGCCAUAACUCUCUACGCUGAUGAUAUACAGAAGCUAUACGACACUAUUGAUGCUGGAGUAAGCUCCAGCACUGUCAAGGAUCCUGAAGAUUGGUCACCCGAAGGUCUGCGCACUUGGCUUACGGCACAGAUACUAGAUUUGAGGCCAAAUAAUACCUUGCCCGUGGAAGGAGACUUAUUUGAAGAAGGGUUCGAUAGCCUGUCCGCAACGCAGCUACGCCACCGUAUCGCUGCAGCACUGCGUUCUGAUCCAGCUGCUCUUCGGCAAAGCAUUGACAUUUCGCAGACCUUGGUCUAUGACAAUCCCUCCGUCGGGAAAUUGGCAGAUACCUUGUCUAGUUUGGCGUCUGGGCGUGUUCCGUCCACUGAAGACAGAGCGUCCCGCAUCGAGGCUAUGAUCCAGCUGAACACCUCAAAGCUUGAGCCCAUCAAACCGCCUAGCGAUGUCGUAAGUAGUGGUGCGACGGUACUGUUGACGGGCUCGACUGGGGGACUUGGCUCACAGCUGCUUUGUGCGCUGUUGAAAAACGACUUCGUCCAGCGAGUUUUCACCUUCAACCGCAACGCUUCUACUCCUGCCAGUGUCAGACAACGGAUCUCUUUCCUUGACAAGGGAUUGGAUGUGUCGUUGCUAGCGUCUCCUAAGCUGGUUCCUCUUGAAGGCGAUUUAACGAAACCUUAUCUCGCAUUAGAGCAGGAUAUGUACGAUAAUCUGCGAGAUUCUGUAACAAUCGUUAUACACAACGGAUGGAGACUUGACUUCAACCUGUCACUUCCAUCCUUCGAACCGCUCGUCGCUGGAACGAGGAACUUAGUCAACAUGGCAAGGACCGGGCCUCGAGCGUCGACAAUCCGAUUCCUAUUCAUGUCCUCCAUAUCCUCAGUGCAAUCAUGGCAAGGCGACGGACUUGUUCCAGAAGAUAUCAUACCCGAUGCUAAUGUCGCCAUUGGUGCUGGUUACGGCGAAUCAAAAUAUGUUGUGGAAAGGAUUCUUGCUGCCAGUGGGAUACAAGCAUGCUCGUUACGGAUAGGGCAGAUAUGUGGUGGCGAACCCAAUGGUGCCUGGUCAUUCACGGACUGGGUCCCCAUCCUCGUGAAGUCCAGUAUCGCUCUCAAGGCCCUGCCUGACUCCCAGGGCACUGUGUCGUGGAUCCAGAUGGAUUGCGUCGCGCGAGUUGCCCUUGAUAUCGCUUUCUCCCAGUGCAGCAGGUUGCCUUUGGUCGUGAACAUCGUACAUCCUCGACCCGUUACUUGGACCUCAGUGUUCACAGCCAUCCAACAAGCCUUGCAUGCAAAUACUCAAGGCCGCAUCACCCUGCCAUUGAUCCCCUUCAAAGAAUGGCACGAGUUGCUGCAGACACAUGCCAUGGGGGCAGAUGAGAAGACCAUCCUUCAGAUUCCUGCCGUCAAACUUCUUGAUUUCUUCGGCCACAUUGCCAAUGCCCCUGGGGAAACGAAAGGCGCGAGGGAAAGUGGCGGUCUGCCAGCACUAUCGGCAGCGAAGGCGCAGGAAUUAAGCCCUUCGUUAAGGGAAGCAAAAGAUGUGGCGGGUAUGAGUGUCUUGAAGUGGUUGGGAUACUGGAUUAAUGGAGGCCUAUUUACCUGA